AUGACCCUGGAUGCAGUACAGCUCAGAGAGAAGCAGAUUCUAGUUACUGAGGAGGCAAUUGAAGAUAUCCUCCAACUCCAGCCUAAGUCAGAUAAACCAGAUGGUUACCAGAAGGCUGAAGAAGAUAUGAGGUUUAUGCGUGUUGAUUGGAAAGCAGUCAAACACACUAUAGCUAUUGAUCCUGCUGUCUCAUGGGUUAUGGAAAAGUCAACACUGGGCCGCCGAGCUAAGGUGCCCUGGGAACCUGAGGAUGAGAGGCCACCAGCCGCCGACUGCAAGAAGAUCAUCCCACAUGGCAGGAAGUUCAUGGCUCUGGGCUACAGACCGCCCUCUCUUACUUCCCUCACUGAUGCAGCCACAUCUUCUGUUGCUCCUUCAGCAUCUGCUGCACCAGCUACCACCACAGCACAUUCACCUGCUUCUGAGCCCAUUUACCACUUAGUGCAUCGCCUCUUUGAGCGGCUAGACCAGAUAGAGCACCGCAACCAGCGACGAUAUGAGCGGAAUUUGUUGGUGCGUAAACUGGAUCCGCCACAGACGUGGAAUCUGAUGGUCGAAAACUACUUACGUGCCACGGGAUUCUACCACGUCUCUCGGAUUCGGGUCAUAAGAGGAUUUCACCCCUUAUUAGCUGCUCUGGUUGAAAGGUGGAGGCCAGAAACCCACACCUUUGUAUUGCUGACCGGUGAGGUUACAGUGACAUUGGAGGAUGUCGCUCAUAUAUUUGGCCUACCCAUUGAUGGAGAGCCUGUGAGUGGAUGGACAGAUAGUAGUGGCGACUUCCUUCAAAGUCAGAGCGUAGCGAUAUUCGGUCGUGAACCAGUAGUCAUUCAUUCUUCGAAGUCCUAUAUAAAGCUGGGUUGGGUUCGACGUAUCAGAGACGCAGAUCCGUUGGACACUGAGGAGUCCAUUAGGAGAUACGUCAGAUGUCAGAUCUUCUGUUUGUUAAGGUCGACGCUUUUCACGGAUAAGUCGACCGCAUAUGCCCAUGCGAAAUAUCUACCAUUGCUUCGCGAUUUCGAGCGGAUCCAUACUUAUAGUUGGGGGACAGCAUGUCUCGCACAUCUUUACAGAGCACUAUGUCGUGCAUCACGAUAUGAUACAAAGGAGAUGGAUGGCCCUCUGAAUCUGUUGUUUGUUUGGGCAUGGGAGCGAAUGCCGUGUAUUGCUCUCGUACCGAGACAAACCCUUCCACCGGCUGAGAUACCAAUUGCCAAGAGGUGGAGUCAUUCGAAACGGACCACAGCGUGGUUAUCGAAGACCGUAAAGACAUUCAGGCAUGAUAUAGACUACAUGCAGGAGUUUGAGUGGCAGUCGUACGACAGAUUGAUCAUUCCCGACGAGUUGCAUAGUCAUCUUGAGGUGUGUGACAUCAUUGCUCCGUUGUUGUCGUUCGAAUAUGUCGAAUGGCACCCUACGGACCGAGUGAUGCGUCAGUUUGGGUAUGCACAACCUCCUUCACCAGAAGCAAGGGAUAUUUCACUGGACUAG